UUUUAUUGAGUCAAAAUCUAUUGCAUCUAAUAAUUCUUUGGAUGAUUUUAGAAUAGUGACGAAUCCUCAUAUUAUUUUAUAUCAUGGUCGACCAAAGAAACAAUUACAAGAUUCUUUGGAUAAUAUUAAUAGACCAGGUUCUCAAAAAAUUCUUGAAUCUAAUAAAGUACUUCAUGAAUCUGAUAUUACAAACAAGUCAAUACGCAAAUGUUCUUACUGUAAUAAUACUGGUCAUUAUGCUAAAACUUGCAGUUUAAAUUCUAAUAAUAAGAAGUAA